AUGCUCAAAUUGGCCCGACUGAGCCCAACGCAUCGGCUUGCGAGCCGUGGUACAUUUCCCCUUGUAUCAAAACCCUCGCAACACCCAUAUCGACGAUACUACGCCUCGAUCCCUUCUGCUGCUGCCGAAGCAGAGAUCAGCUCGUCGCGGAAUUAUUGCAUUGGUCUACUCAGGAAAUUUGACUGGCCCUCCUAUGUUCUGCAGACCUUCAUUCCAACUCGAGCCCGGGAUGCAUACAUCGCAAUUCGCGCAUUCAACGUUGACCUGGCCAAUAUUGCCGAUGUGACGAGCAGCCCCACUGUAGGGGCUAUGCGUAUGCAGUUCUGGCGAGAUGCUGUCAAGAAAGCCGUGGCUGGACGACCGCCCAAGGAGCCCGUUGCUCUCUUCCUGUCCUAUGCCGCCGAAGAUCUUUACAAGAGGACCCAGGGCAAGCAGAAAAUCAGCCUAGCUUGGCUGAAUCGUGUGAUCAGCACGAGAGAGAAACAUUUGACCAACCCGCCGUUCCCGGAUUUGGCGUCCGUCGAGACAUACGCGGAAAGCACGUAUUCAACAUUGCUCUACCUCACGUUAUCGACUCUGCCGAUGGCAUCCAUCACGGCCGAUCACCUGGCGUCCCAUAUUGGCAAAGCCAUGGGCAUCACAACGUUGUUGCGGGGUCUGCCCAUGAUAGCUUUCCCGAAUCCACGGUCACAGCACACCCCCGCAGCGCCACUUGGAGGGUCGCUGGGAGGAACCAAACAGGGGAACGUCCUACUGCCUCUCGACAUCAUGGCAGAACAUGGGGUUCGAGAGGAAGACAUCCUCCGAACGGGGCCAGCGGCGAAAGGUCUCACGGAUGCGGUUUUCGCGGUUGCCACUCGAGCGAACGACCACCUGAUCACGGCCAGAACGAUGCUACAACAGCUAAAGUCGGAGGGCAACGUCGGCCAUGAGUUUGAACACCAGCAUGACGAGGGCCAUGCCUACACUGCGGAUCAGAGAUCUCUCCCAGCCGAGUCCCAGCGGAACGAGGUGGAUAAAGCAUUCGGUGUCUUGAUGCCGGCUGUGUCCACACGGCUCUGGUUACAAAGAUUGGAAACCGUCGAUUUCGACGUCUUCAAUGCCAAACUAAAUCACAGGGAAUGGAAGCUACCAUUCGCAGCUUAUAUCGCGUUCAGCCGAAGAUCCUUUUAG